CCUCCCCUCCUCCUCCCCCUCCUAUCCCACCUUUCUUUCAGCGUUGAUUUUUCUUAAUUUUUACAUUUUGUGGCUGGACACACUUACUUCGAUACCCUUUGUUUUCCCCCCGCUUCAUCGCUCCAAGGAAUGAUCAGACUCCCCAACGAACUCUUGUCGUCGACACGCCUACAAAACCGGUGCGAACUUACCCAGGGGACAAUACCACCGUUUACGCUCUAAGUCGAUAUUCAACAUCGAUAUGGCUCCUUCCGCCCCCGGAGCAGCCAACUCGCCGGCUAAGAAGGCUUCAGCCCCAGAGAAGAAAUACAAGUGUCAAUUUUGCAAUCGCGCAUUCAGUAGAAGCGAACAUCGCAGUCGUCAUGAACGCUCCCACACAAAAGAGAGACCCUUCAAGUGCUUAAAAUGCCGCAGCACCUUUGUCCGUCGCGACCUUCUCUUGCGCCAUGAUCGAACUGUGCACGCCAAGGAUGGUGGAAUCCCCCUCGUGGCUGAGGGGCGCAGACGUGGUGGAGGGGUUCAGAAAAACUCAUCUGCCCCAUCGAAACCGUCGGUCACUGUGGACCCGACGACGUUGGAGCAGAUUGAGGCCAGCAGCGAUGGUAUGGUCGACCUUGAAACUGCAGCCAUGUUGAUGACAGAUUUCCAACAUAAGGCUGCAGCAGCGGCGACCGGUCAGGUCUCCGAGCGGUCCGAAUCGCUUUCGCCUGGACGCGGCUACGAGCCCUACCUGUCAGGCAACGCCACUCUGCCGCAGAUGCCCUGGGACACCCUUAUCUCCCCCGCGGAAACUAGCUCGAUGCCUACCCUCGAUCGCCAUGGCCCUGUCGGAGACGUUCUCCUGUCCAACUCCCUGCCCAUGUCUGGCAACUCUACCCCGAAUGCCCUGUCGCCGUACCCCUCCAUGACGGGUCCGGUGAGCCCUGUCAACUACCGUCGUUCGCCCGGCCCCAGCCAGGCCCUCACUCUCCCGAAGGCGCCUCAACUCGCUAACGAGAUGGAACGCAACUACGUGGUUGACCGGGUACAGAGUGCUGACUCGUUGGGUGCGCUGCCUGACACUUUCCAGCUCCCGCCCACUGUGGCACUGAACCGUUAUCUCUCUACUUACUUUAACCUUUACCACCCUCACCUGCCCUUCCUCCACCAGGAAUCAUUCCAGCCCGCUCACAUCUCGGCACCACUGCUCCUUGCGGUUUUGUCGAUCGGCGCUCUGUACACAUUCGAGCGCGAGCACGCUUUCAUGCUCCAUGUCGGCUCCAAGGUUUUGGUGAACCAGUUCCUCCAACACAAGGACAACUUCGACUCUCGCAAGUGCCCUCUAUGGUUGAUGCAGGCUACUCUGUUGAACAUGGUCUUUGAGAGCUGGAGUGGUGACCCUAAGGGUCUCGAAUGGACGUGCUCCAUCAAGAGUCUCCUCGCCAACAUGGUCGCCGGCAACCGAUACCAGCUGAAGGUACGCACCCAGGCCCGCCAGAAUGUGCAUCCCUCUCGUGAGGAGUGGAUCGAGGAUGAGUCUUGCCGUCGCACAUACUUCGCCGUGUACAUUUUCUUCGGCAUGUUGACUCUCACGUUCAACCACACUCCCGCCAUGAGCUUCGAUGAGUUCGAUGACCUGGAGCUUCCCUCUUCCGAGUCCCUGUGGAACCUCGACGCCGCCGACGAGGACACCUGGCGCCGCAGCGUUGCUACCAGUGCCCUCACCGUGCGCGAGGCCCACGACUUCCUCUUCCAGGGCGAGCAGACCCGCUACAGUGCAUUCGCCACUCGCGUCCUGAUCAAUGCUCUGUUCUUGCAGGUCUGGAACCACAAGCGCAGCUUCGAGGCUUUGCAGGAUGUGGUUACCGAGUACAAGCUCCGUCUUGCUCUCGAGACUUGGGAGAGCUCCCUGGAGGUGUGCGAGCCCGAGACCAUUGUCGUCCCGCUCAGCACCCCCAGAAGGGCCACCCGCUGA